AUGAAACUAAAACCAAAUCGCUUCAGUCACAACUGUCCACAUCUCUUUACCCUAAACUACAUUAGACAGAUGCAACUUGUUCGAGGAUUCAGCGACAUCUUCAAGCAACAUCAAUACGACACCAUUGCUUGUGACAUUUAUGGAGUGAUUCACGACGGUAUUGAGGCGUAUCCGUAUUCCAAAGAUGCCCUUACUCAGCUCAGAAAGAACGACGAGCACGUCAUUCUGUUAUCCAACUCGACACGACUCCAAGACAAACUCGACACAGCCAUGACAAGUAAAUUCGGUAUUGACAGCAGCUGCUAUGAUGAAAUCCUGUCUAGUGGCGUGCUAACCAAGUUCUUUCUAAAGGAUUUGGCUGAAUAUCUAGAGACUGGCCAAGUGGUCAGUCCAGCAUGCCACGCAACAGCACAGCAGCACGGCACAAGCACUCAAAUGAUGCCUGAUACAUUUGCCGCCAAAUACCUCAAGACAGGUAAAUUCUUUCUGGCUGGUGAUCCUGACUGGCAAGAGCCGCUGUAUAUGCCUGUAUCACCUCCAUUGACCCGAGUGCAUGAUUGGGAAGCCAUUGAAUUCGUCUUGUUGGGCUCCAUUCGUGGUGUAUUUCCUGACGAAAAGCCUGUGGAUCCGUUCAGCGAACAAGAUGUACGAGCCGAUUAUCAGCCUCUCCUUGAUACCUGCCUCAAGAGAAACAUUCCCAUGAUCUGUGCUAAUCCUGAUGUGUUUGCACCCAAUGGUGUGAAUGAAGAUGGCAGCGCGAAAUUGUUGAUCUGUCCAGGCUAUGUGGGGCAAAUGUACGAGGAAAUGGGCGGCGAGGUGUUGUAUUUCGGUAAACCCUUCAAGAGCAUCUAUGAUUUCCUGCAGACAAACAAGGCCAAAUCAAGCAUCAAGCCGAAUGAAACGGAGGCUACCAGUCGCAUCGUGUGUGUCGGCGAUAAUGUGGCUACAGAUGUCAGAGGGGCUACAGAAGCUGGAUUGGAUGUUGUGAUGAUUCUGGGAGGUGUUCAUUGGGAAGAUCUGAAGGAUGCAAAAGAUGACGAGGAGCUAAAGAAUAGAGUUAGAAACCUGUGCAAGACACAUGGUAGUCAAGAGCCUACUUACCUCAUGCCAGUGCUUAGAUUUUAG